GCUGACAAACCUCAUCGAGGGGAAUCUGCUUCCCUCGGCUCUCGUCUGGAUCACUUCCCGACCUGCAGCAGCCAAUCAGAUCCCUUCUUCAUGUGUUGGCAGGGUAACAGAAGUACGAGGCUUCACUGACGCCCAGAAGGAGGAGUACUUCAGGAGGAGAGUCAGUGAUGAAGAGCUGUCCAGCAGAAUCAUCUCCCACAUCAAGACAUCCAGGAGCCUCCACAUCAUGUGUCUGAUCCCAGUCUUCUGCUGGAUCACUGCUACAGUUCUGGAGCACAUGUUGACUACAGACCAGAGAGGAGAGCUGCCCAAGACCCUGACUGACAUGUAUUCACACUUCCUGCUGGUUCAGACAAAGAGGAAGAAGCAGAAGUAUAAGGGACAUGAGACGAGUCCACAGGAGCUGACGGAGGCUGACAGGGAAGUUCUUCUGAAGCUGGGGAGGCUGGCGUUUGAACAGCUGGAGAAAGGAAACAUCAUGUUCUACCAAGAAGACCUGGAGCAGUGUGGUCUGGAUGUCUCAGAGGCCUCGGUGUACUCAGGAGUUUGUACAGAGAUCUUCAGAAGAGAGAGUGUGAUCUUCCAGAAAACAGUCUACUGCUUUGUUCAUCUGAGCGUUCAGGAGUUUCUGGCUGCCGUCUACAUGUUCCACUGUCACACCAACAGGAAGACAACGGUAAUGGAGGACUUCCUGGGGAAAGACUGGAAACGCAGGGGCUCAACCCUGGAUGUCUUCCUGAUGAGAGCCAUGGAGAAAUCUCUGCAGAGUAAAAAUGGCCACCUGGACCUGUUUGUCCGCUUCCUUCAUGGCCUCUCUCUGGAGUCCAACCAGAGACUCUUAGGAGGCCUGCUGGGUCGGACAAAGAACAGUCCAGAAAUCAUCCAGAGAGCCAUCAACAAACUGAAGAAGAUGAACGGUGAUGAGAUCUCUCCUGACAGAAGCAUCAACAUCUUCCACUGUCUGUCGGAGAUGAACGACCACUCAGUCCAUCAGGAGAUCCAAGAGUUCCUGAAGUCAGAGAACAGAUCAGAGAAGAAACUCUCUGAGAUCCACUGCUCAGCUCUGGCCUACAUGCUGCAGAUGUCAGAGGAGGUUCUGGAUGAGUUGGACCUGCAGAAGUACAACACAGCAGAGGAGGGAUGACGGAGACUGAUUCCAGCUGUGAGGAACUGCAGAAAGGCUGUACUUUCUGGCUGUGGACUCUCAGAGACUCACUGUGAAGUCGUGGCCUCAGCUCUGAAGUCCAACCCCUCCCAUCUGAGAGAGCUGGACCUGAGUGACAACAACCUGCAGGAUUCAGGAGUGAGGCUGCUGUCUGCUGGA